GGCUCACCCUAUGCAGUUUGUGUACUUGUUGAGAGCUUUUUUUCUGUCUCUGACAUUAGUUUUUGCUGAGCUCAGUUCUUCCAAGACCCUCUCUCCUCAUAGGCUCGGUUUUGGCCUGCUAGCUGCAGCCUGCCAGUUUUGGUGGCAGGAGAGGCCUAGGCUGCUUCCUGUGGGCCCCCCGUUGGGCAGAAGCAUGCGGUGGUAUCUCCUCCUGAUCUGGGCCCAGGGCCUGAGGCAGGCUCCCCUCCCAGCCUCAGGAGCUGUGUCAGGCAGGAUAGUAACAAUGGGGAACGUUUCUGCAGAGGAAGGUGGCUCUGUCACCUUGCAAUGUCACCUCUCCUCCACCACUGCCAAAGUAACUCAGGUCAACUGGGAGCAGCAGGACCAACUUCUGGCCGUUCAUCAUGCUAACUUGGGGUGGCACAUCUACCCAGCCUUCAGGGAGCGCGUGGCCCCGGGGCCCAACGUGGGCCUCACCUUGCAGUCGCUGACCAGGAACGACACAGGGGAAUACUUCUGCACCUAUCACACCUACCCUGAUGGGAUUUACAGAGGGACAUUCUUUCUGGAGGUCCUACACAGCUCAGUGGCUGAGCACAGCGCUGCAUUCCAGAUCCCACUGCUGGGAGCCAUGGCCACCGUGCUGGCAGUCAUCUGUGUGGCAGUCAUCAUGGUGGUCACACUGACCAGAAAGAAAUCUCUCAGAGUCCAUUGUGCGGAAAGUGGCCUCAGGAUGCUGGCACGCGAACAGGAGGAAUGGAACCCCCAAGCUCUGUCAUCGGCUGGAAGUGGCAGGCAGGCAGAGACGGCACCCGUGGGCUUCUACACAGAGCAAAGGGGAGAGGACUAUGCCGAGCCACAUGACUACUUCAAUGUCCUGAGCUACAGGAGCCUUGGAAGCUUCAGCUUCCUGGCUGAGAUGGGUUAGCUGCCCGAGGCAUCAUCUGGGAGAGGCACUCCUGUGUCUGCGGUUACAGGUGGAUGUGUAAGGGUCUGCGGUCUUUGUCACCACCGUGUGUGCAUGCAAGUAUAUGUUCAGUUGAAUAUG